UGACCAGUGAAUUUCUGACGACUGGGCAUCCUAUCCAAACAGUUCUUCGGAAAAAAUAUUCAUGCUAUUCAAAAGUCGUACAGCAGAAAUGCGCCUUGAUCAACAACUUCGUUUGGAUGAGCAGUUGUUGCUUUUCAUGGACCAGCUCGAGGCUUUGGAGGAGAAACGAGAUAAGCUCAAUUCACUUAUAGAAGAGGUUUGGUUUUCUAUUGCCAAGGCACGUUACUCGAUGGGAAAUAAGCAAGUAUCCGCUCUCCUGUACGCUAGUGAGAUGGAACCGCUUGUAAAUGUUCAUGCCAGCUUGUUGGAGAGUGGGAAAGUUGAGUUUAAAUGUGAGAGAAGUGAAAAUAAUACAGAAGAGCUGAAAAAUAACAUGAUAGAAGACAUUGGAGCAAAAGAGGGAGGUCUUCGGAGGUGAAUAAAUGCCAAACAAAAAAUGCCAAAGGACAGUGCAGAGGAAGAUGCCUCAAAUGAGCAACAGGAGACAGACCCUCAAGGAAAAACAAAGUUUGAGUCGUCCACACCAGAGCACAGAGAUCCUUUAAAGUGGUUUGGCAUCCUUGUACCACAAAAUCUUAAACAGGCUCAAGCUGCCUUUAAAGAGGGUAAAUAUUGCUUUCUUCUGCUAUAGUGAAAUCCCCCUGUAUAAAAGCAAAGCAUACUGAUGUGAUGAGCUAUGAUGCACAUUGUAUGUGUGGCUUUAAUUAGAGCAUUGAAUCUGAAUCUGUUAUGUUUAGUUUUAUUUUUCUAUCUUAUGUCAAAUUUUUGUCAUCGUUUUGGUACUAUAUUCACAAGUAAGCGGUACGUUUUAAAAACUUUUUUUUACAAAACAGCAACUCUAGAAGUGUUACCAAUUUAACCGUGUCACCCCUUUCCCCCCAGUCAUCUCUCUCUCAACAGAGAUUGCGUCCCUACAAAGUGCAAUACUGGCUACAAGAAAAGAAAUGCAGGCCCAAAUAAAGGAGAAACAACAGAAGAUUGAGAAGACUCAACGAGAAAUGAUAAAGGAAUAAAAGUGACCUUAUUCAUUAAUUAAUUAAUUUCUUCUAUUAAAUCUUAAUGUAUUUAUUUGUACCAUAAAGUGGGCCAUCAUUCCAUCU